CCGUAUAUCGUUCUCCUCUCCAAUUAAUGUGGGAUCUCACACCAUCUCACCUCUUAUUAGCGUAAGAGGUUCCACUUGUCUCGAGAGAGUACAAGAAUCUUACAUUUAAUUUAUGGAUUUGAACGUAGAACCUUGUAUCUAGAAAAUGGAAACAUCUAAUUUCUACUGGUUGGACACUUUUAGUAGGCCCAACCCGAAUGGAUCAGAGAAGGUUGUUAUUUUCAUUGUUUUUUUUUAAUGGAGGUGGAAUCGAACCGCAUAAAGAAAUUUUAGAUCAACUUAGAAAUGUCAAUGAUGCAAGGCAAGGAUGGAGACAUGGAUGCAUGUUCCCAAUGAAGGUGGAACCGAUCCAUUAAAGAAAUCUAGUUCAAGUUAGGGAUGAUAAUGAUGCAGCUUACAGGUGAAGGCAAGGUUGCAUUUCACAUACCCAUCCUUAUUAAGGAUUGUUAAUCUUCCUCCUUGCCUCGUUCCCUGAUUUGAGAUUUGAGGAAUCAAAAUAUUAGUUUCGAAUAAAAUAUUAAUUAGUUAUUAACAAAUAGGUUAGAAACACGUCGACGGCCGUUUUUGUCAUGCAUGUUACAUAGUUGAUAAUCUAUGCAUCAUACAGUUUGGUGUUUCGGGUUUGUUUAGAUUGAAAUUAAGAAAGACCAACCCUCUUUCGAGUCAAUUUUGUGCAUGAGAGUUCGUAUACAGUAGAGGAGGAGAUCAAACUAUUGGUAUUUAGAAUGAUAACGAGUAUCUUAUCCACUAAGUAAUGCUCGAAUCAACCUGAUAUUGUUUGAUUGUCUCUUUCUUUUUAUAUUAUUUUUUAAUAUCGAAAAGUGAGACUCAUUUGCGGAAAAAAAGUUAAACUCCUUCCAACUCCAAAAUAAAUAGAUGAAAGAUGACAUAGAGGUUAGGACCACUACCAGCUUGCAUAUGUCAACAUCAAACACUCCAAACUUCCAACCUUAACCUAAAUUUAACCAAACACAACCAACAUUAUCUUCUACCUUCUUCAUAUAUAUAUAUAUUUUAAAAAAGAUAAAUCUAUAAACUCGGAAUCUGCCCAGACAACUUUGGUCGGAUGAGGAGUUCAUGUUCGAGAGAGUAACAUUUACCUUUUUAUUGUAAACGAAUCUUUUAGUAUACUUAAUUUUCAAAAAUAAAAAAUUAAGCUCAUAUUCUAUCGUGCUCUAAAUUUCUUGGAUUUAGAUUUCAUAUUGAUCUCUUAGCUGUAACCGUACGAACUUUGUAAUGCCUAAGUCAAACACUUCUCCCCAUCUUUUUUGUUUUUUUUUUAAUAAUGAUUUUGCAUUAGAAAAUACACAUGAUAUUGAAUUGUAAAGUUAAAAAAAUAAAAAACCAAACAAAAUUUCCUAUGGUCUCUGUCCAGUCUGUGUGUAAGCUGUCUCCCUUCCACAGCUCUCUCUGACUCCUCCAUUAAUGCCAAACAAAGAAUUCAUCUUUCCCUCAUUAUUUGAACCCCACGAAAAAAGAAGCAAGAAAAUGGCCAACAAAGUGAAAAAGCUUCCUAAUUUUCUCAAUAAAUCCCCAUGGCUAUGGCGUUCCUGCUCCCAAUCCAGAACCCUCUCUUUUCGCACCUCUAACGACAUCUUCAGAACCAUCAACUCAGCCUACCAAGAACAAGAAGAAGAGGAAGAAAACCCAGCAGCCGACAUGUCGGAUGAUGAUGACCAAAUUGAGGCCUUAGUGAGAGGGCUAAGGCUAAGGCAGGGGAAGCGGCUGUUUUUGGAGCUGGAAGAGACUAAUUCCAUAAUGGCGGUGGCGGCGGCCGUGGCUGUGGGCGGAAACAACCAGGUUCCAUUCAAGGAGAGUGUGGCAAUGGCAAUGGAUUCAAAGGAGCCAUAUUUGGACUUCAAGAAGUCAAUGGAGGUGAUGGUGGAAGCUCAUGGAUUGAAGGAUUGGAAAGGCAUGGAAAUGCUUCUGAGUUGGUAUUUGAAGGCUAAUGGAAAGCCUAAUCAUGACCUCAUUAUUGGAGCCUUUGUGGAUUUAUUGGUUGAUCUUGCUUUUGCUUCCUCCUCCUCCUCCUCUUCUUCCUCCUCUCUUCUAUACUCUUCUUCUUCGUGUUCUUCGUGUUCUACCAUAUCGUCAAACUCCAUUGAAAUUAUGGACGAUAUUGUCGAGUCAGAGUGUAGUACUUCUUCCUCAACUCCUGCUACUAUUCCUUGUCUAUCUUCUUUGUUCGAAGAGGAGGAAGAAGAUUUUUAAUUAGUCAACUACGUUAAUGAUAUCGAUAAUAUCCUUUUCGAUA